CGGAGGCGUCUGCCCUGCGUCUGUAGCGCUUUCCAACCCAACGUGUCCGGGGCUAGUGCUGGCCUUCCCCUGCUGGCGGGACGCUGAGGGGUGGUUCAGCGGAGAGCCCGGAAAACGGCCAAGCGAUUGGUAAAUGAAAUGUCCACAACAGUACUGGAAGGGUUUAGGGUUACGCCAGCAGUACCUGGCACGCGUCGUUAGGGGUUGGAAAGAACUAGAAUGGGAAUCUAGACCCAACUGUGCAAAAAAAGUUCCUGAUAAUCCUGUCCCAUAUGUCUGUAUUGCCACUCAAACUUUAUUUCCAUUUAUCUUAAAAAUAGGGACGUGAAAGUUUGUAACUGCACAGUAAAGCUGUGAGCACCUUCAAAAUUAACUUAAGACUUACACGGAAGUACAUACCUCCCUCGAAGGGUUUUAAUUCAGAGCGGUGGGUGUUGGGGUUAGUAAUCGUACAUAACAGGAGGCAAUGGAAGUCCUGUGACUCGCUGUUGAGAAGUCUGCUGAAAGCAGAAAAAAAAAAUUUUCUCCUCCUGAACAUCUGGAAAAAAAAUUAAAAAUCGAGAAAUUGACCCCUGUGAGUGCUGAAAUCCUGAAGAAGCUGGUGACUGGACUCCUGUUAAGUAAAUUAACACUGGCUUCAGCACAGCAUGCUUUGUUAAAUCCUUUUUUCUUCCCCUAUGUGUCCAACUUGAAAUUUAAGAAGUCCCCUCCAUAUGAACGUGGAAUAGUUUUCCUCUGAAGCGGGAGAUCAGAUGCCUUGGAGUGCUUAUGUGAGUUUGCACAAGGCCUGAGAUUCUUGAAAGAGGUCUAACCGGCUGGACUUUCCCCCUUUCUCCCUACAUUCCCUGACAUCUCAGCUCGUGGGAAAUGCUGUCUGGAGGCACAGGCACAGCGAGUAACAGCGCGGAGGCACAUGGAGCGCUGAGGAUAAACCACCCGCUUGUUCUGAGCGAGCAGCGUCCAUCGCAAGGGUCUUGUGAACAAACCUAGUGCAUGCUGCUGCCAUUGCCUUGAUAAUAUUACACUGAUGGAAUCAUGCCUACAGCUGAAGAGCAUUCAAGUUUGCUGAAGGUACCUCAGAACCGAGUUCUUCUUAAUACAGUGACCAUACAGGAUGAAAGAAAAAUGAUCUUCUGUUUUUCAAAUACUUGAGUUUGUUCUUUGUAACAACAUGGUUUACUGUGAAAAGUGAAAGAAGAAUCUUUCUGGAUGCCUUAAAGAUAGCUGGUAGGCAUAGCAAAAUGCUUUGUUUGAGGCAGGCUUGCUUGUUUACGCUGAGACAUUACCAAGCUCGGACUCUGAGUAGUGAUCUGCUUUUGAGCCAGAUAAAUCGCUGCACCCAUGAAGAUGAAGUGUUCAACCUUGUUGGAAGGAACAAGGCCAGGCUUUCUGAAAAACAUGUGGGAAUUGCAUUGAACAUGCUGUGGCAAUUGCAAAAGAAGAGGCCACUUCUCUUAAGGACUAGUGACUAUAUAAGAAAUCAUUCCCAGUUUCUUACCCUUUGCAUUUUAGCAGAAAACAAGGUGGAACACAUGGAAGAUGAGGCCGUAGUGGACACCCUGUAUAGUAUUCUGAGGCUCAAUGUUGAAGACCACAGUUCUCUAGCAGAAGUGCUUGUUACAGAGGCAUGGAAAAGAUUAGAAAGGCUUAGUUUGCCAGCUCUGUCUAAAUUCGCACUGUGUUUAUACAAGCGACACAGACAUUUCAGUCCUGUAAUUGGCCAGGUAGCUCAUAUUGUGGACAUGAAACUGGAUUCUAUACAAGAUAUAAGGAUCUUGUCAGUUUUGAUGAUCAGCAUUUCUGAUGUUAUCUCACAGCGUUUUCGAGAUCGAUUACUACACAAGGCUGGACAGCUCUUGGAAGAAAAGGAUGAAGUCCACUUCAACUAUGCCAAAAGAAUACUACAGUUUCUUCAAAAUGUUAAACUGAGAUAUCAUCCAUUGCUAGAAAAAUGCAACAAGAUUUUCCUUAAAAGUGCCUCCCAUCUUGAUAUACACAGUAUAAGUCUUAUUCUUGGGCUGUACGAGCAGCUGGGUUUUGACAAUGCUGAAUUCCGCCUGGUUGCUAAACAAUUACUCUCUGAAAAUAUAGAUGUUUAUUAUGAUCCUGAAACCUUUGCAAAAUUAUUUUUUAUCCUUGGGCCUAUGGCAGGAUCCAAGGUAAGAGAAAGGUUGCUAGUAACUGCAGUGUGCAUAGCGGAAGAAUUUAGCAGUUACCAAGUAUUGGUAAUACUGAAAACGAUGCAGAAAAUGAAAUGCAGAAAUUCUCAUCUACUCAAAAAAAUGGCUUCUGUUCUGCACAAACACUUGGAUAGCUAUCAUGUAAUACAGUUGGUAAAGUUAACGCAGUACUUGGUGGUGUUGCGUUGCCACGAUCUGGAGCUGUUUGCCAAACUAAAAAGGUUAUUAUUAGGUUUUCUAAAAUCUAGUGUCAUACCUGCUGAUACUGCUGCAAUAAUUCGUGUUCUGGCCAUGCUUCCUUCCUUUCAAGUGGAGGAAGUCAUUAUAAACAAAGCAGCAGCAGUUCUGCCUCAAUGCAAGCUCCAUCAUUUGGAUUGCAUUGCUACUGCUCUUGUCAAAUGGAAUCAUUAUGAUCAGUUGCACUGGCAAAACAGUUCUGAGCUAUGUGUAAAGCUUCUGCAAAAACUAAAUGACUGUGGAUUUCAGAGGCUUCAGAAAGCCAACAACUUAAAUCUUCUGUUGGAAGAACUUACACAUGUGAAUGGAGAGUGGUUUGAAGAAGUCCUCAGUGGGGAAACUGUGGCCAUGUGUCAACGCUUGAUAGACCAAAUAACAUGGGCAAAUGUAUUACAGUUGUCUUUUUUUCUCAUAAAAACAAACCACCGUUGUCCUUCAUUACUUGACAGAAUAGCUUCUGUGACUGUUGAAAAUAUAGACAAGAUCCACCCCUUUGAAAUCUAUUUUAUUCUCUUCCUUUUCUCUGCUCUUAAUUAUGACCCUCCUGCCAAUGAAGAGUUCUUUGAGAGUUGUAUCCAACGUCUUACUUCUAACUUGAGUUGUUUUGGAACUCACCGCUUGGUGCUGCUUGGUCAUGUUUUGGCAGUGGCUGGGUAUUUUCCACCAGUUCUGAUGACGAGGAUAUUUAAUGUUUCUUUCCUAAGCAAAUUGGAUGCUCAACUCGAAGUCCUGCCUGAUAUCCUAAAACAGAGGGUCCGCUUGUGCCUCAUGAAAUUGAACAGAGCAGUCUGUCUGGAAUGCCCAGAGUUUCACAUCCCUUGGUUUCAUGAGCACUACUGCCAACGUGUCUUUUGUAACAGCAGUAGCCAAAUAAAUCCACUGCGACAGCAUGUUCACAGAAUGCUGACAGAGAUCUUAGGAGGGAGCCAUUAUGCAAGAAUGUCUGUUCUCACACCAUACUGCUAUGAAAUAGAUUUUGAGUGCGUUCUGGAUGAAAAUAAAAAGCCUCUUUCCUAUGUGGCUCAGAAUACACCUUUGGAUGAUGUGGAGGGAAUACGCUUGACACAUGAUAUCAAGGAUAAAGGGAGAAAGGCUCUGCCACCAGGAGCUCAGAGAAUUGCUUUGGAAUUUCUUGAUUCAAAAGCUUUUAGCAAAGAUUCACAUCACCUGAAAGGAGAAUCUGCAUUGAAAAAACGACACCUGGAAAUGCUGGGGUACCGGGUAGUUCAGAUUCCUCACUUCGAAUGGAAUUCUAUGGUUUUGUCAACAAAAGGUGAACAGCUAGAAUAUCUGAGAAGGCAUCUAUAUGGAAUACAGUGA